AUGGACGUCAACAACUCUAACCUUACAGACCUCAAAUACGGAUAUGAUUUCGUGGUCAGCACAACUCAAGCCAGCAUUAACUCUGGCUUGUUGGAAUAUCUCUGGGAAAGUAACCAGCCAGUUAACUAUAUUUGCUAUAUCUCAGACUCGAAUAACGGAAACGCCACAACCCAGAUCAGUCUCGAUGAACUGUUGAAGAGGACAGACGGGGUCAACCCGUUUGAGAUCCUGGAUGGUGCAUCGCCGAAUGACCCUCGAAUUGAAGAGCUCACUCGAAACAACUUCGUCGUUGGCGUGAAGAUUCGCAUUGGUGUGCCCCCAGGCGUAAUGCCCAAGGAGCUUCCUCCAAUCCUGGAGCUCGGCAAGAGUGACGGCAAGUCUCUCUUCCGAAUGUUUUGCUCCGAGUUUCAGGUUAUUCAGAAUACGACAAGCGAAGGACCAUCCGCAAACGGACGUUGGAACGUCUGGAACCAGCCCUCUGGAUCGCCGUGGUAUAUCGAGACGGACGUCAACAUCCUCAAUAAGAGCCUUGACUGGGGCCUCGAGACACCCUACUUUAAUCACCGCCCAGAGCUUAUGGGAAACCUCAAGUCUCAAUUCAACUAUCUUCCUCCCAGCAAGUCUUACAGCCUUCAACAAACUCUUAUGGAUCUAGAAACUGCUGCCGAUCAAAGCACACCCAAUUUCGUGGGGAUUCCAGUCGGUUCCCCCGCCCUAGAAAUCCUGCAGAAGAACUUCGUCGACCUCUACAGCAAAGCAGCCAAGAGCUACGGACAACCGAUUCUUGCAGUUGCCGCCGUUGCUGAAGACCAUCCAGAUCCUUCCACACUCCAGGUGACUUCGGUUGAAGUGGGCAUCAGCCGGUACAAGGACUCCAAUGCUUGCGUCGUCAACAAUCCGACUCCCGAACAGGCUGCCGCAGCGACCCUCGACCAUCUCUGCAUGACGAACUGCCACAGUGCUCCGGCAGUCUCGGAUCCCCACUGGCACUGGAACUGGGUCCAGCCCGGGGAGGUGAAGAGCCAAAGUGGUGUUAUUGCCAUCAAGCGAAGUGUAUUCGCCGAGCAGUUGAUGAACAUCAUUCUGCCGUCUGCCCGGAAGUCUUGCCUCACCUCUAAAGUUCACAUCGAUUAUGACGAUUACCUGGGCAACUGGAAACAAGUGAUACAGUUUUCUCCUGGUCAAUGGCCACAAACCAGAGAUGUGCGAACCCCUGAUAACGGCGAAUGGAUUAUUGACAUUACUUGGUCGGCCGAGGGCUAUCCCGAUGUGAAAUGCGAGAACUCAGAGAUGUGGGGUCGAUUUUAUGACAGCAUCGAAGUCGUCCCUCACUACUAUUGUGAGGUAAAGGUCAAUGGGAGUAUCAUCACCAUCAGCCAACGAUUGUGGGUCGUUGUCUCAUUGAUGUGUGAAGGUAUCACACAGUCACCACUGAAUGCAUACGACGUCACCAUCACCGACACCUACGACUUGUCUGUGGACCACACUGGCCAGCUGAGUAUCGAUCGUGACAAGGAUAAGUUUCAGAAACAAGACAAUUCGCAGUCCGCCGAACCAAAUUAUUGGGGAAACUUAUACGCAGGAAUCACCGACCAUUUGAAGGACAUCAAGGCCGAGGUUACACAGCUGGCCAGUCUGGACCUGGAGAGUAUCAAAUUUCCUCCGACUAACAAUUUCGUGUUCCCUGGGGGCAAGGUAUUCACGUACACAUCAGCCAGAUUCUCCAACCACCAAGACUUGAUCUGCGACAUCACCUACACGGCGCCAGCCGAGCCUUCCCAGCCGCCGCCUCGGGCAGAUGCCCCAGUUACCGACCCUUCGUCGGACAAUCCUCCGACGAGACCCGCACCGAAGCUUCCUGAAGCCACCGGUCCGCCGGCAUACUCCAUGGCCCAUACGACCGAUCUCAUUCAGAACUACAUUCAGGGAGAGAUCGUGGCUCCUACAGCAAAGUUCGAAGCUCUCCAAACUGACGACGGCCACUCCCUACUCUUCUCGCUGAGCACGGACAACGUCUUCAAUGUGAUCAUGGAGCAGAGCCGCACCACCAAGACCGGCUGGGUCCGCAUGCCUCUCUCGCCCCUCUCGUCUGCUUCCACAUCAGUACGCACUUUUGAUGUGGGACAGAGCGUCACAGACGGCACCAUUGGAAUGGCUCUGGUGGUGUCCGAGGGGGGUUCGGACAAGCUCUUGCUCUCUCUCUGCAACUCCAGUUCCGACACAUCCUGGACGGCGAAGCCUCAGUGGUCUACAAUCGACUUUGAUGCAGAAGGCCAUGCUGGUUCGGAGUCUAUCAACAUUGUCCGCGUCAUGUUCGCUGAGCCUCAGGGAAGCCGGCAGCACAUCAUUGUCGACAUCGACCGCUCGUCGAAUAAGGCAGACAAGGACAUUGCUCGCUACUACGUCAACCCCCAUAAGACGUCCGGUAGAUCCUGGACCUUGCAUGGUCUUCCGGUCGACAUUCAGACGGGCUACUAUCAGAGUUGCGUGGGCAGAGCGGCCUACGGGUUUGUUGACGGGGUGUACACCCUGGGAACCGCCGGCGACUCGGCCCAGCUUGUCUACGUGCCUAUUGAAAACGCCUUCGGUGACGGACCUCCGUUGCCGUGUCGCCUCAAGUUGCCGACAGAGACGCAGGCAUCUGCCAUCGCCGCCGCUCGCAGAUCCGGUUCCCUCGCGUCUCCAGACGGAACAACGGACUUGUUCGCUGUCAGCAACUCGACUCUCUUCUAUUUCCCAGCUGAAUGCCAGACUGAAGGGUCAGUGGCCACACAAUUGCUUGAGAGUAACGUACUUUCGGGCACCACAGAGCUUGCAGCCAUGACGCAUAGAGGUGUGACGACGAUCUGGGGCAAGAAUGCCAGCAACGAUGUGUACUACCUCUCCUGCCCAUCCAGCCAGCUCAACAACCAGAAGGCCUGGAGUGUCCCUGUGCCAAUCGUGUUCGGCGUGGAGCAGAUGACGCCGUACCUCAACCGCAGCGACGGCGGCAAUGCAAUCUUCACAUCAGGUUCCGGCAAGCUUGAGAGAUUGACGCAGGCCACUGGCACGGACGCAAAGUUGUGGGCUGUGGAUGAGAUCAAGCUCGAGGCCACGGGGACUAAGACCAAGCCGCUUCAGUUCAAGUCGUACACGACUACGAUCCAAGUUCUGGAUGAACACGAACUUCCGACCACUGGCGUCAAUUUGUCGAUUUCUACCAGCUCUCGCACACCCGUGUACAUGAACGGGAUCUACUACGUUCUUGGGCCGGCACCUGUCACGGUGGUUACGGAUGCGACCGGGAGCUUGACAGUUGUUGAGGCACUGCAAGACAGCAUCAACGGCACUCUCAUGAAGGUAACUUGCAACAAUGGAGAGGCCGAGAUUACCAUCAAUCCGAUGGAGAAGUCGUUCCAGACGGUAGCAGCUCUCAGUAGCGAAGGAGCCCUCCGGGACGCCAAAGUACCAACCAACACGGUCUCUGGUGGCAUUAGGGGCACGCCUACGUGGACCACUCUCGUAGGGGAGACUGUAUCGUCGAAUGAUAUGGCCAACGUCGCGAACAGCCUCAGCAAACUCGGCACAACGUAUGGACUCGUCAAGCCCACAGUCACACCAAGAUCUUGUAUGAGCGUGAUACCACACACGCUUUACACGUCCUCGUCCUCGGUCGACAGCCUGGGACAUGAUGUAGCCAUCGCGGCCGGCGACCUGUUCCGCUGGCUCAAAUCCGACGUGGAUCAUGUCAUCGACAUCAUCAAGGACGAUGCCACUGAAGCAUGGCACUUCGUAGCCACCAUCUCCGGCAAAGUCUACCGCGCCGCAUUGACCUCGGUCGAAGCCAUUGUCGGGGCGGCGGAGUGGAUCUUCAACGCCAUCAAGACUGGCAUCAAGAAGGUCAUGUCCUUCGUCGAGUUUCUCUAUGAUUGGGAUGAUAUCGAACGGACCAAGAAGAUCCUUUGCAACAUGACGAGGCAGUGGCUGAGCAGCCAGGUAGCCUCCAUCCAGACUACCAAGUCUAUGUUUGAUGUGCAGAUGGCCAACGCCGAGGAGAAAGUCAAGAACUGGGCGGGUAUCCCGGACUGUUCAAAGAUGCUCGGCAGCAAGGCCUCACAACCGACAGGAGCAAGCGCCUCGAAUCCUGCAAAGGGCCACACCUCGGGAUCUCAGAUGAUGAUGACCCACUACAAGAACCAUGGCGCGAAUCUAACAAUCGUCGGGGCGACGCCCAAAAUGGCACGGGAUGCGUCGCAUCAGGCCAUCAACGAUCUUCUUGACGCGCUUGAGAAGGAGGGCCAGACUCUCUCGGAUGCAUAUGCUCAGCUCAAAAGCUUGGCCGAGGGAUUCUCGUCUAUGACGGUUGAAGCGGUGCUGAAAGAGCUCGUUGGGAUCGUCGGCGUCACCAUGCUAUCCACCGUCCAGGUCGUCGUCGACGCCUUGCUCACCGUUCUCAUCGACCUCGCUGACAGUGCGAUCGGUCUUCUGGAUACAAGGAUUCACAUCCCCGUCAUCUCUGACAUCCUAAACGACAUUGGAAUAUCAGAUGUGACCUACCUCGAUCUGGUAUGCUGGAUUCCCGCCAUGUCCUACACGGUAAUCUACAAGAUCGCCAAUCAAGAGGCUCCGUUCGCCGCUCAUGAGGCGGAAGUCCAAGCAUUCCUUGCCGCUGACAACUGGGAGGCUUUGCAAACUUGUCUUGGCUCAAAGCAAUCCAGGUCGCGGGCUCAAUCGUUUGAAGGACAGGAGAAAAGUCACAUGGGUACGGCUGGAGCUGUUUCCGAAUCGUCGAACACGUUCAUGGCCCGACAAGAACAACAACCCAACUCUCACCGAAGCGAUACCUCAGUGACUUCAGUCUCAUCGGCUGCAUCUGUCACAUCGACCAGCACAGCACCUACGUCGCCUACAUCAACCAGAUCCAACAAGCCAGCGGGCCGGACCUUCGGCCAGGAGAUCUAUCAUCUGGGCCACAUCAUAGGCAGCACGACCAAAUUAAUGGCAGCGUACGUCGACUACUGUGAGGUCUUGCUUCCGGCAGAAGACAACCCGUACAGCAAAGUUUCGACGAGUCUCCUCGUCCUCGAUGAAGGUUCUGCCAUGAUAGCCGACCUAGCCAUGGACAAUGCCCCGAUCGAGGAUGCGGCAAUACGUAGGCUUUCAAAAUUGACUACUAUCAUAAGAGUUGGUUCCCUCAUCGUCUUCAAUGACCUUGUGCAGAACCAACUUCACAACACGAGAUUCCGAUCCCUCGUCGUCACGGGUCCCGCGGAUGUUGUACGCACCACAGGAGCAAUGGUCGAUGCUGUUCUCGCCGCACCGGCGGCGAUCAUUUCAUUGGACCAUCUCUUUGAAAUUGCUCGUGAUGUCGUCGCCGAUAGAGAGAUGGACCAGGAACGAGGAGCGGCUGUUGCGGGCGAGGUCUCCAACCUUGCAUCCUACGUUUCGCGGUUCUGUUACUACUUAGCCGCUCAGGCCCCGAGGCCAACGGGCUUGCCAUUCGCUCAGUAUAUGGCGUACGCAGACCUUGCUGGCGCUGGACUGGAAGUCGUCCAAGCCGAGCUUUAA